AUGUGGCAGUGCUGUUGUUUGGUGUUGGUGUGCGCGGUGGUCGUGAGCGCUCAGUUCCCCAGAGAGUGCGUGACCCCUGAAGGGCUCCGAACUGGGGCGUGCUGCCCGUCGCCGUCCGGACUCAACAACGACCCGUGUGGCUCCAGCACGGCCCGCGGACAGUGCGUGUCCAUUGCGGUGGACGCGCGUCCACACGGCCCUCAGUACCCGCACGACGGGCGGGAUGACCGGGAGCGAUGGCCCGUCCGUUACUUCAACCGCACCUGUCAGUGUAACGGGAACUUCAGCGGGGCUAACUGCGGCCGCUGCAGACACGGCUGGACGGGGGCCAACUGCGACCAGAGAGUUUCUAUCGUAAGAAGAAACGUUAUGCAGCUCAGCGCGGAAGAGAAGCGCGCGUUCGUGAACGCGCUGGAUCAGGCCAAGCGCACGGUGCACCCUGACCUGGUGAUCGCCACGCGGCGCUACCAGGAGAUCUUCGGGCCCGACGGGAGCACCAUGCAGUUUGAGAACAUCACCAUCUACAAUUACUUCGUGUGGACUCACUACUUCUCCGUCAGCAAGACGUUCCUGGGCGCGGGCCAGGCCAGUUUCGGGGGAGUGGACUUCUCUCACGAGGGGCCUGGCUUUGUCACCUGGCACAGGUUCCACCUGUUGCAGCUGGAGCGAGACAUGCAGGACAUGCUGCAGGACUCUUCCUUCGCUCUGCCCUACUGGAACUUCGCCAUCGGGGGAAGCACAUGUGACAUCUGCACAGACGACCUGAUGGGAGCCAGGAGCAGCUUUGACAUGAACUCUCUGAGCACCAACUCCCUCUUCUCCCAGUGGAGGGUGAUAUGUGAGAGCGUGGAAGACUAUGACACACUGGGAACCAUCUGCAACAACACGGAGACUUCUCCCAUCAGAAGGAACCCGGCAGGAAAUGUGAACAGACCGAUGGUGCAGCGCCUCCCAGAGCCGCAAGACGUGGCCGACUGUCUGCAGGUCAACGCCUUCGACACGCCGCCAUAUUACUCCACCUCCUCUGAAAGCUUCAGGAACACUAUUGAAGGCUACAGUGCCCCCCAGGGGAACUACGACCCCAUGGUGAGGAGCCUCCACAACCUGGCUCAUUUGUUCCUGAACGGGACAGGAGGACAAACUCACCUCUCGCCCAACGACCCCAUCUUCGUGCUGCUGCACACCUACACCGACGCCAUUUUUGAUGAAUGGCUGAGGAGACACAGUCCAGAUUCAACUCUGUAUCCGGAGGAGAAUGCCCCCAUAGGUCACAACAGAGGCUACAACAUGGUGCCUUUCUGGCCUCCCGUGACGAACGCCGAGAUGUUUCUGACCGCCCCUGAAAACCUCGGUUACUCUUAUGAAGCUACAUGGCCAGCUCAAGCUUUCACUCUGACUGAAAUCAUCACCAUGGGAAUAGUCACUGCCCUCGUGCUCGUCGCCGUCAUUUUCGCCGUCACAACAUGCGUCGUGCGUUCCAGGUCUUACAAGAUGGAGGGCCACCAGCCUCUGCUGGGGGAUCAGUACCAGCGCUACGACGACAACAAAAGCCAAUCUGUAGUUUAG